CAGUGAUAGCUAAACAUCAGUGUGUUUGAAGCACUUUCUUUGGUCAUAAAACACAGCACCCUGCUAGCUACUAGGAAGAAAAUUAACUCGCUCCCAGCUAAAAAAGUACAGUGUCAAAGAAAAAAAUUGAAAUAGCAGUCUUUUAAAUGUCAUGCAGUUUUUUUUUUUGCCCAAUCUGUUUGAUUUUUCAAAGGACACAAAGUUUAAAAGUUUACAAUAGGAAGAGUUUGGUUUAGGGAUGUACAGCAGAUUAUAAUGGAGAAAUUUCUGAGUGUAUACAGGGAAGUGUGGGGUUUGUCAGUUCAAAUGGCAGAAAAAAAGCACAACAACUGUAUAUUGACAGUUAUAUGACAACACUGUAUAUUGUUCUGGCUUACUGUCUUUGUAUAUAGAAUAGAAUUAGACAUUUAAUUUUUUUAUAUUAGUAUUUUAUAAGUGGAAAAAUACUGCCUUCAGUUUAAUCCUUCAAACAAUAUGCUUUGACUUUGGAUCUUAUAAAAGAGGAAGGACACCUGGUGUGUCAAAGAACCUUUCUGAAAAAAGUAAGCUAUCAAAAGAUCAGCAGCAGGUAAAGAUGGUAAAUUAUUGUUCAUAUUUGUUAGUUAUUAACACUGUGUUAAUACCAUAGUGAUCCAUGGUUUUGCCUUUGACAAAAAUCAUAAACUAAAGGAUAGAGAAUAAUAUUUUUCAAAAAUGGUAAGUGUUGUAUGGCUGUUUUUCUAGUGGGGGGUUUUUAGUUAGACCCUAGAUAAACAAGGAUUAGGUUGUUUAUUGUUCUUAUACUGCUGAAGCUAAUACUUCAUAUUAGCAACUCAAACUUUGCAGUCAUCUCUUGUCACUUGCCCUCUAUCCUUACCCUAGAUUGGUAGAUAAAGUAAGAAGAUGUGAGUUAUGAAAAACUUAAAACAAUGUAGACAUUGUCAAGAUACUGAAAUGAGCAGCAUAAUUAGUUGUCAGCCAUCUCCAUGUGAACAAAACAAUUUACAAAGGAAGGCCACAAUGCAUAGAGGAUAUGAGGGAGAUUAAUUAUUACUCAGGAAUGACUCUUGAACUAAAUUAGCAAUUGGUACCAGCUUUUAGUAAGGACAGUGCGAGUUGUGGAUAGUUUUAGAAAGAUGUUGAAAAAGAAGGUCUGAAAAUAGAAGUUGGACAGCAAAAGUAAAAACAACAUCCAUUUUGAAGGUGAUACAAAAAAAGUAAUUUCAAAAUUCUAAAAAGACAAGCUAUUGGAAGAACCCGUAAUGGGAGAUUAAUAAACGUGUUUGUGAACAUAGUGGUACAGUGUGGCUAAAGCAUGGGUGAUUCCUUGGUUUAGGAUGGGGAAAAAAGAUGAUUUAAAUAUGUGAAAGUUUUUAAGUGUAGUCUUGAUCCCAUACAAGGUUUUAGAGAAAAUUUUAGCAGGACUGUGACCAAUGAAAUAAGGGGAAACAUGAUUAAUUUGAGCAGCUCAAUCUAGUGAAAGAUGUCUCACCUACAGCAAGGGGAUUGGGACUAGAUAUUUUGAAGUCCUGUCCAACCCAAGCCAUUCCAUGAUUCUAACCGUGACAAGAGCUCUUUAUUAUGACCUUGCUGCAGAAGAAAACAUUGUGUAACUGCACUUGUCUGACUGACUGGGCAGAUAUAUCAGUUGUAGGCUGAUGACAAGCACAGAUGUAUCUGUGCAAUAUGUUGCAUCCCCAAAAAAUGAAAUCCUAGCACACAUUAAGAAAGAAAAUUCCCAACAAUGAUGAGGGCUUGUUCACUUGGAUAAGGUACAGACAUUUCUAGUCUCCUGUACUAGAGAGUAAUGGAAACUGGGCCAACUUCAGAGAAACAAUUGGUGAAGGAAGACUGUUUCUUAUGACAUGAUUUUACCAUGGCUUCAUUCAAAUAUUUUGUUGAAUGAAAAGGUAAUGAACGUGAAGAUGAGGAGGUGAUACUACUGCAGUCUGUCAGGGUGGUGAGGAGGACGAAAGUCUGUUUACAGUUAAGUGGAAUGCUGCAAAGUAGCCAUUGAUACCAUUAGCUAAAUUUAGUAUUAAAGUAAAUCUGCAUCAUUUGUGGCAUGCUUACUUGCAUAUUAAUUGGAAUUUAAGAAAUGCAAAAUCAAAAUUAAUUGUUACUAUAAAAGAAGAGCAUUUAAAUAUGCUGAAGGCAUACUUUUAAAGUUAAAAUUUACCAUUUUACCCUUUCUAUAGUGAGGAAAUAGAAAUGUGGUGUUCUUAAUUACACUGACUUAAUGUAUUUUAUGACUACAUAUUUGUGCUGUUUAUUUCAGGAGAGCAAAAUUAAUGAGUUGUGUUGCGGAAACCAUGAAUUUUACUCUUCAAAUAACUACAUAUUUCUUUAAGAUACAGUGUUCUGAUGUGUCUUUGAGCUCUUGACUUUGCUCUUUUUCUUAGCUUCUAGAAGUCGCUGUUGUUUCAGCACUCUCUCACAGUUCCUAAUCAGAAUUUGUAUCUACAUGUUCUGACUAGGCCUUAUAGCAUGUCAUGAAAAAAAUGUUUCUCCAAGAAAUGCAGAUAUAAAUAUAGUGUAUUUUUCGACCUCAUUUUAAGUAUGUGUGUGAACUGGGUUUAUAUCAACAUGCAAGAUUAAUUUUCAGAAGAAAACUUAAGUAGCCUUAAAAAAAUCCAUGAAAAAUGUUUGGUUUUCUUCAGCAACUCUGUACUCACUUGUAAUUAAGUUCUUGCAACACAACUGUGUGCUUUGCUCAAGAGAAGGAAAACUUGUUUUUCUGGUAGGUGUGGCUGCUGUUACUGACAUUAAAAGAGCAACAGCUAUGUGAAAUAAAAUGUGCCAGAAAGUAUCUGAGUGUUCACUCUUCAAAAUGCAGUUGAAAAGAUAUAUUUUUUUUCUUGUUAGUUAUUUAUUGCUAGAAAAAGCAGAAGAAAGAACAGAUAAGGCAGCAUAAAUUACAAGGACAAAGAAAUUUGCAUGGACAUUUAGAUACGUUCAAAAUGUUGUGUGCUGGGAAAAAAUCCUACUUUGCUGCUGCUGUGUGCAUUAUGACUGUAACUUCAAUGCUUGCAGUUUCUUAUCUGAAGUUACAGAGACUUUCUCAUCAGCCAAAAGUAAUUCAAGAAGGUAGAAGAUGUAGAGGGAAAAUUGCCAUUAGCACAAUAACAGCAUUAGAAGGUAACAAAACUUUUAUUAUAUCCCCAUACUUUGAUGACAGAGAAAGCAAAGUCACUCGUCUGAUUGGGAUUGUUCAUCAUGAGGAUGUAAAACAACUCUACUGCUGGUUCUGCUGUCAGGCCAAUGGAAAGAUAUAUGUAUCAAAAGCAAAAAUUGAUGUUCAUUCAGAUAGAUUUGGAUUUCCUUAUGGUGCAGCAGAUAUAGUUUGUUUGGAACCUAAGAAUUGUGAUCCAACACAUGUAUCAAUUCAUCAGUCUCCACAUGGAAAUAUUGACCAGCUGCCGAGGUUUGAAAUUAAAAAUCGCAAGCCUGAGACCUUUUCUGUUGACUUCACCGUAUGCAUUUCUGCCAUGUUUGGAAACUACAACAAUGUCUUGCAGUUUAUACAGAGUAUGGAAAUGUAUAAGAUUCUUGGAGUACAGAAAGUGGUGAUCUAUAAGAACAACUGCAGCCAUCUGAUGGAGAAAGUCUUGAAGUUUUAUAUAGAAGAAGGAACUGUUGAGGUAAUUCCCUGGCCAAUAAACUCACACCUUAGGGUUUCUUCUAAAUGGCGCUUCAUGCAAGACGGGACACACAUUGGCUACUAUGGACAAAUCACUGCUCUAAAUGACUGUAUAUACCGUAACAUGGAAAGGAGCAAGUUUGUGGUCCUUAAUGAUGCUGAUGAAAUAAUUCUUCCCCUUAAACACCCAGACUGGAAAACAAUGAUGAACAGUCUUCGGGAGCAAAACCCAGGGACCAGUGUUUUCCUCUUUGAGAACCAUAUCUUCCCAGAAACUGUAUCUUCUCGCACGUUCAACAUUUCAUCUUGGAAUACUGUGCCAGGUGUUAACAUAUUACAGCAUGUAUACAGAGAGCCUGACAGGAAAGAUGUAAUUAAUCCCAGGAAAAUGAUAGUUGAUCCACGAAAGGUGAUUCAGACUUCAGUCCAUUCUGUCCUACGUGCUUAUGGGAAGAGUGUGUAUGUUCCCAUGGAUGUUGCCCUCAUUUAUCACUGUCGGAAGGCCCUUCAAGGAAACCUUCCCAGAGAAUCUCUCAUCAGGGAUACAACACUGUGGAAAUAUAACUCAUCAUUAAUCAUGAAUGUUAACAAGGUUCUAUCUCAAACCAUGCUGCAAACCAAAAAUUGAAACCUUGGUUAAAAGAAGUGAAAGUGGAGGGCUACCUGUAUUGUGGGAAGACAGAGGAUAUAAUUUAAAAAUCACAUUACAUUGAUUUCCACAUGGACUCUACAUUUUUUUGUAAUCAUUUAGGGAAUAUAUAGCAAAGCCAUGAAUCAUUUAAUGAUAGCAAGGGUCAAUGCAGAUUGCAGUAUCUCUUCUGGGAAAUGUACAGUUUGUUUUCAGUUAAUAAUAAAAAUCAGUAUUUGUCAACUGAUUCAAAUAAUGCAAAACAGUUUCCAACCUAUGUACAAGAAGUACAAAUACAAUCAUUAGUAUUAAAGGUAGAAUUGCUUAA